AUGGCCUCCCUUAGCACAUGGGGAAAAUACCCGUUCGGGAUCACCCGUGUUGUCCCAUGCGUCGAUAAUCUGUAUCAGCUCCGCGAUGAGCUGGAGAAGCGCGGGGAAGAACUAUUUGUGGAUCAGGAGUCUAAGGUUAGACUAGAGGUGUUACAUCGCGGGAUUCUGUGGACACCGCCAGUACAGGAUCUGCAGGUAGCAAGUUCAGGCUUGUCAAUAGCAGGCAAACCACACAUCUCUAGUACUGCAGAAUUGGAAACAUUCUUGAAGCAAACAUCUAAAGACAAAACCGGUACAAAGAUCUUUUUAAUUCACCAAUUAAACACCUGGUCUCGUCUCAAGAUAACGUUUGAGUUAUUCUGUCUGCUAUGUAGCUCAUACUCCAUCUUCCCAAAAUACCUCCCCUUUAUCUUCGCCUUCGGCAUCAAAGACGAGGAAACGGACCGCCACUUCUCUGGCUGCUCUCCACGGUUCCACUUUAAUGGUGACCUGCCACUGGGAUACGAGCUCUGCUACAACAUCCGCUACUACGCCGAAAACGGGCGCGGCGACGAAGAGUUCCCCUGGUCGUGCCGCCACUGCGCCAUAUAUCAGCAGUACUCGCUCCAGGACAAUGCGUCGGUCUGGGUGCUAGUGCAAGUACCGCUGAGUGCGCAAGAGGGGUUGAAAAGGAUUGUGGGUGAGAAGGGAGAUGCAGGCCAUCCGAUGCAGUUGCACUUACACUUCCUUGUAGAGUGUGAGAGGGGCUGGAGAGGAUAUGUUAAUUACUUGGGUGGGGAGCUAGAGAAGAUGAGUGAUCGGAUCCGGUUUCGCAGAAUCAAUAGUGUCAAUUUUGGCGUAGAGUUCCAGCACAGUCAAGACAUUGGUGUUCUCAGGAACAGGCUCAGUCAGGCGUUGUCGAUCCUUGAAGCCAAUCUCGACACGGCACUCAAGCUAGCAGCCCACUAUGAAAAUUUGAAACCUUACCGAACAUGCACCAUUGGUGCCGACAUCUGUUUCAGGACGGAGCUGACCGAGUAUGAAAGCUCUCUCAAAGGCCAUAUCCGGAGCGUCAAAGAACUUCUCGUGACAUCUGAGGAUAUCCGGCUGAUGAUCCUCAAAGUCCUCGACUUCCGCAACGACGAAGCCAUGGAAGGGAACAGCUCAGCGCUAAGGGAGCUCGCCGCCGACGCCGCAUCAGAGAAUAAGCUUCUUGUCACGCUUGCGGAAAAGACACGCGACGAAUCACGGUUUAUGGGCAUUGCGACGGUGGUGGCGAUGAUCUACCUGCCGGCGGGACUGGUCGCUGCGCUGUUUAGUACGAGUCUCGUCGAGGUCUCAGAGAGCUCGAGCAUGGGCGGGAUUGUGGUGAGGAAGCAGUUUUGGGUGUUUGUGUUGGCGACGACGGGGCUUAUGAUGGUUACGAUUUCGGCGGCGUGGGCGUGGAACUGGAGGUCAAAGAAGAGGAGUGAGCAGGGGAAGAUAUAG